AGCAUGUGUGAUAUUGAUUCCUUCCUUUCUGUGUCCUUGUCCACAGCGGAACAUCCAUGUGGAUGAAGAGGAUCUGCCGCCGCCACCACCAGAGGUGUCACGUGUUCGCUCAGUGUCGUCACCCUUGGUGGAGGAGAAACACUCUGUCAAUGUCAACGUCACCUAUGACAAGAAGCUACCUCAGGUGGUAAGUUGUGUGUCAGUUUCUAGAAUGCUCUACAAGAGAAGCACUCGUGGGAAGUCCCAGAGGAUUGCCUUGACGAUGCUGUCGUGGCUGCAUUUCCGCUACACGGGACGGCAGCAUCAGCGCAACUUGAGGUCUGUCAGCUUCAAGAAGUAUGUGGACCUUAUAACCUACGAGCAGGAGUGCCUGGCCUCCAUGUGU